AUAACUUCGGCGCAUGCGCAAUUAUUGGGCCUCAUUCUGGACGCCAUAUUGAAGACGAGGUUGAACGAUUUCGAGAGCCACUGACCACUGUCAGUUACCACGAUGACCAAAGACGAUGGAGUGAGCUCUAGCUCUGAUGUUGUCGUGGUUGGAAUACCUGUUGUCAGCAGCGGCAACAUCGAUGGUAGCAUCAUUGACCUCCCUCUUACUGCUAUCUCAAAAGGGGAGAUAACUUCAGAGAUUGAUGUUGCUUCUGCGGGAUUUACUAAUUCUUUUCUUGGCACCUUGGCUAUGGUUUCAGAUGUGAGGACAGACAAUGCCACCCUUCAGAGUCUACUUGCUGCCCCGAUAACCACCCCCCAGAUACUGGCCAACCCAGACACCAUACAGAUCAUCACCGUGCCCACUGCUGCUGACCUCAUCACGACCUCACAGCCAGAUGGCGCUGGCAAAGUGUGGCAGGUCAUUCCAAACAUCAACAACCCUGAGAUCGCCACCAUCAUUGCCGUCAGUGAUCCUUCAGAGUUGCUCCAGCACAUGCAAGUUAAGCCUGAUACAACAGAUGGCAUGGGUCAGUUCGAUGCCCAGUUUGUGUCAGCUGCUGACUCUGCUGGGGUCACCUGCUCCACGGAUAACGUCCUCAUGCCCCCUCCCCAGCCACCACCCCAGGCCCUCCCACCAGACUGUCCCACCUGGGCGGCCAGGUUGAAGAACUGUGAGAAAAUUGGUGACUCCUAUCGAGGCUAUGUAGAGAGUGAGGUUGACCUUGAUCUUCUGCUGACCUUCCACAAGCAGCAGACGCAGAGUUUCUGGGGCACCCGCCAGUCCCCAAGUCCCGCUAAGCCGUCCACCCGCCUCAUGUGGAAGUCCCAGUAUGUGCCCUUCGAUGGCAUCCCAUUUGUUAAUGCAGGGAGUCGAGCAGUGGUGCAGGAGUGUCAGUAUGGACCGAGACGGAAGGGGAACCCCAAGAAGCAGCUGGACAUCCCCAUCAAGGGGGAAUACAGGCAGACAUGCCCUGCAAGAAUAUAUAUUAAGAAAGUGAGGAAGUUCCCAGAGUUUUAUGUGUCAACAACACUAGAUAAGAAAUCCUUAAAGAUUGCCAUGGACAAAGCAUUUCAAGACCUCAAAGACAGGGGUGUGGAUGGCUGGGGGCAAGAGAGAUACUAUGUCCAGCUCCCGACAGAGAAAGCUCAUGAGUUCCAUGAAGAUGUUCCCCAGCCCCCCAAGUUGAUGAUUACACCAGCCAAGUUAGAGUUUGAUGAGACUGACAGUGGCGACCAGAGGCUACACCCUCGGGUGGUGCAGAAAAUACGAGAGAUGGUCUCGGCAGGGGAGACCCGAGUCUAUGCCAUACGCAAGCAACUGAGAGUGUUUGUGGUGAAGGAGCUGUGCCAGGGGGGAGAAGCUCCUGAACGCCAUGAUCUCACUUUAUUCCCAACUGUCAACGAUCUCAAGAAUCACAUUCAUCAAGCUCUCAAAGACAUCGAAAAUGGUUCUCUCCCACUUACUGCUUCAACCGUGAAUGUUGAAAUAAUCACUAACCAGGACGGAACAUCCACAUCAUCACUGGAUCCUCACGGGGAGUUGCAGUCCUUUGACCCCUCUAUUCUGUCAGGGGUAGCACCUGGAGAAGAUGGGCCCAUGCCGGAGACUGUCACUGUCACUCUCACACAGAACCCUGGGGAAGAUGGCCACCAUAUCAUAUCUCGCAUCGAGACCCACCUGAGUGACGGCACAACACAAGUGAGCACCACCCUCACCCCGGAGACUGCCCAGCUCCUGUCCCGCCUACACCCAGGGAUGUUCCCAGCCGCAGCCUGCUACAGCUCUCACCCAUGCAGGGUCACAGCACUGGUCAGGAGAUGGGAUCCUCACAGGACAUCGUUGUCGGCAGUGCCAUGGGAGACGACACCGAACAGCAGUGUGAUGACAUGGAGGCAUCCCAGCAUGCCGAUGGUCUAGACGGGACAACCCCGCUACAAAUUGUUGACACUCAGAUCAUACAUAAUGAGAAUUGUGAUGAUGAAGGUGAAGAUGGAGACAUGGAGAGUGUUGACCCUUCACAACUGGAUCAGGCAAGCAUGAAUCAGAGCCACAUGCAUCAGGCACACCUCGAACAGGCACACCUCGACCAGGCAGACCUUGAUCAGGCACAGAUGGCUCAGGCACACCUGGAGCAGGCACACAUGAUAGCUGUGACCUCAAUGGAAGAUGAGCAAGGACUGGUGCAUCUGACUACAGCAAGCGCUCAUCCUAGUAUGUGACUAUAUGGCUGACAUCUUGGCAAUGUGUCUCAAGUGCUGUCGACGUAACUCACUUACCCUUCUUCAAUCUGUGUUGGAGGUGAACAUAUCCCUGCAUGUGUCCGCUUGGAGGAGACCUUAUAUUACUGUCCCACUAUGUGGGUGAGAUUGAUGUCCCACCGUGUGGCCGAGAUGUUGUAAAAAUGUUUCACUAUGUGGUCAAGAUAUCUUGUGUUUACUGGUAAGAUCGUGUCUUCAUCUUGACCAUGUGGCCAAAAUCAUGCCAUCAUCGCUCACUAUAUAUCUCACCAAGAUGUCAAAUAUCCAACACUGUGGCCAACAUCAUGCCAAUAUAUCUUACUAUCUCACAGAGUCUCUCUCAGAGACCAUGCCUUCAUCUCUCUUCAUCUCACCAAGAUGUCAACAUAUCUGACAGUGGGUGAAAUCAUGUGUUGAUCUCUCUAUCUCACUGAGGCUUCUGCAUACUUCACCCUGCGGCUGACUAUCGCUGUGUUUGCUCUGACUGCUGUGUAGGGCAGUUGAACUGACUAAAUAACUUCCAUCAUGGGAGUGUACAUAUCAUCUGGCAUGUAGCCUUGUUGUAGCACAGACAGGUGCUUGUUGUAACCAUACUGUAUACUACAGACACUUUCAGGGUUGGAGGUUAUCUUAAGGUAACUAUUUGGGGACUGUCAAGAAAGAUAAGUGGUGUUUCCAUGUCCACUUUUACUGUUAGAAUGAUGGUAGCUCUGUAGCAGAUUUUGGGGACUAGUGAGAAUACAUUUUCUUUUUCUAACCCAGGAAAUGUUUCUACAUGUGAUCCCCUUUCAACCUGGCUGUUGUAAUGUGAUAGUAAGUGAUCCUACUUGAUUAAUUAAUGCGUUCGAUUUCCAAAGCAAGACAUGAUGAUGAUGUUACACUUUUGCUGCAGUUGAUUUUAAGUCAGGCGUUCAUUGGCCAGAGUGAUCAAAUUGAAACAUGUAAAAGUGACCCUGACUAUUGGUAAAAAUUACAGAAAUAGUACACAAUUAUAGCAUGGUUUUAGUCCUAACAAUAAAUCCAGUAAGUUGAUUCUGGAAGCAGACUCAACAUGUUUGCAUGAUGUUCCCAUGACAAGAAAUCCCUUCCUGGCAUCCUGACUACAAACUUCAUCCAAACCAACAAUCGUCACUAGUUACCAUAGUUACUUUUGAUCCACGUCUCAUCCUGUCACUGCUGAUAGCUAUGCUGCUUCAUAAAGUAAUGACAUAUUUCUGAGAUCUUUUCAGUUUUCCUGUUCUCACCAUGAAGUGUUGCAGUAAUAACACAUAUAAAAAUGAUACAUAUUUAGUCCUGCAAUCUUGAAGUAUUGGGCUCUUUGAAGGGUAGAGUCCAUUAUUGCCUGAAGGUUUUUUAUUUUUACACUAUACACCUGAAAAAAGGUCAAGCACUGCUUGUCUAUUUCCCAUCUAAAAUGUGGUCAAAUUGUAAUCAUGCAUUAAUUUUCUGGUGAGGAACUUUGUUUUCUGUUUACAAAGUGACUUCAUUUUGAUUGUAUAGUGAAAAGAUUUCAUGGUAACAUUUAUUGAACUAAUCUUUCUUUCUUCCAUAUGUUCUCUAUGUGAUAUGACUCAGUACUUGUGAUCAUGUGGAUGUGGAUACAAUGUUCUUGUAAUGUUUCAGGUAUUGCUGAUGUUAUAGACUUUUAAAUAUAAGAUCCUUUUCGAUGUAGCAGUUUCAAGAAGAUAAGGGAAAGUUAAGGGUUAAAGGGAUUGUGCUUAAUUUUCCCAGAGUAGAAGCAUUAUCACCUGAUGGGUUGUUCCUGCCUUGGCAAGUAAAUGAAUCAUUAUGGCCAACUGUGCAGUCCUCGGUGGGUGAAGCAUCCAUGUUGUUUGGAUGUGAAACCCCCAAUCUUUUACUCUGAUCUGAGGACACCUCCUUAGGUCAGGUGAUCCAUGAACGACAAACCUAGUGGAUAGAUGCAUAGAUUCUGGAGCCAAACUGUCGGCUUUCUGUAAUGAUUUUACAUCAUUUCUUUACCAUCUCUCUGUGGAUAUUUUGUUGACAAGUGACACAGAUCACUUCUAUGCUCUCAUUUCUUGGAGAUCCAGAACAAAUGUGUAAAUCAGCAAAACUGUUUUUAAUAUAUCUAACAAUAUUUAUUCAUUUAUGAAAUCUGUAACUUAAAGCUUAGUUGCAGUGGGGUUUCAAACACAUGGAAAUCAUGAAAUAUCAAUGAACAGUCUCUACUUGUCAACACAGAAUUGUUCUUGUGUAUUCAGUUAGACAUUACUGACGGAUCUGACCAGACGUAGUGCAUGUUGAUAUGUGAGGUGGGGAAGGUGGGGUAGCCUAGUGGUUAAAGCGUUCGCUCGUCAAGCCGAAGACCGGGUUCGAUUCCCCACAUGGGUACAAUGUGUGAAGCCCAUUUCUGGUGUCCCCCUGCUGGAAUAUUGCUAAAAGUGGCGUAAAACUAUACUCACUCACUAAUAUGUGAGGUCAAAUAUUGGGUCCGAAAGCAUGUGUAGGUGUAUUUGCGGAUGUGAUGCUUGUUACAUGAUAUGUUGUCUCUCCCAUGAGACAGCUAGUCGUGGGUUACAUUACUGUUCUAUCUGUGAUCUUGUGUUACAUGUAUUGUGUAAGUAUAUUGUUAUUUAAGUUUCUUGGUCAUGAUGUCUUGAUCAUGUUGAUGAACUUCUUUGAGGGACUUUUUAGAAGAUAAGGGUGUAAGGGUAGGUUCCUUUCUCACAAAGAAUUUAUGAAAUUCUACUCACUAUGUCUACGUACUGGAAUAUAUCUCUGUCAUGAUAAAUACACUAACUUGUCUGGUAGCAUAGCUUCACCUUAAGCUACAUUUGAAUAUGAUUCUUAAUAUUGCCUCUCAAUGAAAUUACAUUUAUGAGGUAAGGUAAUUCUGUACUAAGAGAGACAAAUUAGUCCCAAGUAUUAUUAUGGAGUGUGUAAUCGCAGUCUAGGAACAUGAAGUGUAUCAAACAGAGUACUUCAGGAAAUCCUGUACAGGAUCUGUGUAGAAUCCAUCUAACAGUUCACUUCUCUUCAGUGAUUUAUAUGUCAUGACCAAGAAAUGUAUAAUAUUGCCUUAUUUAUAUGGUAUUGAAUUCAUUUUGUUGUACAAAUAUCUCCAUAUAUGACCCAGGCAUUGGUGCAUUGCCCUGGACAUGUGUUUGCUCAUUGUUAUUUAUUUUCUGUAUAUAUAAUAGGAUCUCAUUUGCAUAUCAUGUAAAAAAUGUACAUAAUACGAUUGACAGCAUGAGUUGUGCAAUGUAUUUCAGUUGUUUGGCAGAGACAUAAAACAGUGUUCCUGAUUUUUCUUGAGGACUGCACAAUAUUUGGAGAUUUCUUCCCGAUGAACGAGUUAAUAGUGCUUAUGGAGAAAAUGUCUGUUUAUGUCAGACCUGAUCAAGAAAAAUGUUUCAAAUUCAGGAUGGACACUGUGGUGUUGUUUUUGGUAGGGAAAUCUCAUGAUACCCCAAUAUUUGAUGGCUAAUUUUGUGUAAAUGUCAUUCACAUUCUUUAACAAAACAGGCUUUUCUUUGUUUAAAAUGCACAGUAAGUUGGAACAGUUGCAGAACAGAGCUGAAGAGACAUGGCUUUGACAUAGCUGCAAAUAUUCUGUCAACAAAUUCAACAAAUAAAAUAAGUGUUUAAAAA